AUGUUUGCAGUUAUUCUGUUAGGACUUUGUGCAAAUGCAAUCACAUUUGAUCAAUGGCAAUCUAAAUACAAAUUUAAAUACUCUCCUGUGGAAAGACUAAGAAGAAAAGCAAUAUUUAUAAGUAAUUUCAACUAUGUUAAAGAAUUUAAUAAAAACCAUGGUUUUGAACUUUCUGUUGAAGGUCCACAUGCUGCUUUAACAAGUGAAGAGUACCAAGCACUUUUAAAUAAACAAAUUAUUGGAAAUGAAAAUAAAGGUAUUGAAGCUGUCAAUUUAAAAAGUAAUAAACAAGUUCCAGCCUCUGUUGAUUGGAGAGCUGAAGGAAAGGUUACUCCAGUUAGAGACCAAGGAGGUUGUAGUUCAUGUUAUUCAUUUGGUGCUGUUGCAGCAAUUGAAUCAAGAUUAUUGAUAAGUGGAACAACUCGAUAUACAGCACAAACCCUUGACCUUUCUGAACAACAAAUAGUUGACUGUGCUGUUCUUGCUAAGGGAUGUAAUGGAGGAACUCUUCAGGCAUCUUAUAAUUAUGUAAAGUCAAAUGGACUUAUGGAAGAAAAGGAUAAUCCUUAUACUGGCAAAGAUGGAAAAUGUUUAUAUGACAAGACAAAAAUAAAAGUUUCUAUUGAAGGACUUAGAACUGCUGAUAUUAGUGAUGCUGCUCUCACUGCUGCUAUUGCUGAAGCUCCUGUUGGUGUUUGUAUUGAUGCAAGUCAAAUAUCUUUCCAAUUAUAUAAAUCAGGAGUUUAUGAUGAACCAAAAUGUAAGAAAAUAAUGAACCAUUGUGUUGCUGCUGUUGGAUAUGGAUCUCAAGAUGGUCAAGAUUAUUACAUUGUAAAAAAUUCAUGGGGAAGUUUUUGGGGAAUGGAUGGUUAUAUUUUAAUGUCCAGAAAUAAGAAUAAUCAAUGUGGUAUUUGCACAGGAAUUUCAUUCCCAGUUGGGGUAAAAGAGAUUUAA